AUGGUGCAGGAAGCAAAACCCCUGCAGCAAGAGGGUACUGAAGGGGCCCCCGAGGGCCCCCAAGAAGACCUUGGCGAGGCAGAGAAACUCUUCGAUAGACAAAUACGACUAUGGGGACUAGAGGCACAAAAAAAGCUAAUGAGCUCCCGCGUUUUAUUUAUUGGGAUGUCUGCUAUUAAUGUAGAGGCCAGCAAAGACCUCGCACUAGCAGGUGUAUCCCAAACAAUCUGCGAUAGCCGCCAAUGGACAGAAGAAGAAGCAGAAUACAAUUUCCUUCCUGUCCUCGCGAACUCCAUAGAACCUAACUGCACUGUUGCUGAGGCGAGCAAGAAGGGUUUGGAGGCGAUGGCUUCUUUUAUUCCCUUUUCUUCAGCUCUCCACCGCAUGUCGCAAGGCGGGGGUUGGUUUAAUCGUCUCGCAAUGCUGCGGGUCCAUCGCCUUCUUUGUGCAGGACUUCGAAUACAGACAGACAACGGAGCAAAGUCAAUGUUUUCUCAUCCCCAUCUUUUAGGCGUCUUGCAAGCCAAGCUGGGAGAGUUAGACCCGAAGGUCAAUCCUGCAAUAUUUGCAGUCCUCGCGUUGCUCCGCGUGGACGCAACGGCUGGGGUGCCUCGGCCGCCUAACGACACCUUUACCCCUGCAGCAGCAGUAGCAAGCAAGGGAGCAGCAGCAGCAGAAUCAGAAGAAACUGAAUCAGCAACAGAAGCAGCUACUAGAUUAGCAGUAGAGAAGGUGCUUACUUCUGAGGGUUUGAAGGUGACGUCUGCUCUUCGCUUUGCUGCGAGGCAACUGGCAAUAGGGUUUAACCAACAAGUAAACACCAGCGCAGCCAUCGUGGGAGGCCUCCUGACUCAAGAGGUUAGGAAGUAUAUAACGAGAGAUCGGAAGGCAGUCCCCAAUGUUGUUGUCUUUGAUGCCUUCACCUCCUGCGCAGCUGUUGCCAGGCGUCGUGGAGCGCGCGAUCUCGCGUGCUUGUAG